AAAAAGCGCGAAAGCUGAAAAACGAGAAAUAAAUUUAUUAAAAUGUAUUUAUGCCACUGUUUUCUCAUAUAAAAUGAAAAUAUAAAUAAUGCUAGGUAAAGAAAGUAUGUUCCUAUACUAUACUAAUUUAAAAUAUGAUCAUAAUUUCCUUAAAACACAUUAUCAAAAAACGAACAUUUUUUGUUGCAAAAAGAUUUAAAAGUAACGAAAUGAAAUACUUAAAUGUUGCUGAGAAAAAUGAUGCUGCUAAGAACAUUGCAGGAUUUUUAUCAAAUUUUAAACAUAGAAGGCGAGAAGGUCUUUCUAAAUUUAAUAAAAUUUAUGAAUUUGAUGCUGAAGUGAUGGGUCAAAGGAGCAAAAUGGUUAUGACUUCAGUUUCAGGGCAUCUUUUAAAUUAUGAAUUUGUAAAUAAAAACGAAAGUAAAAAAUGGGACGCAUACGAUCCCAAAAAACUAUUCUAUGAACCAGUCAGAAAAGGCUGUCCGGAUAACUAUAAAAAUAUUAAGGAAACUCUACAAAGGGAGAUUAAAGGAUGUGAUGGUCUUAUAAUAUGGACAGAUUGUGACAGAGAAGGUGAAAAUAUAGGUUUUGAAAUUAUAGAAGUCUGUAAAAACAUUCAAAGAAAUAUAAAUAUAUACCGAGCAAAAUUCUCAGAGAUUACUGCACAAUCUGUAAGAAGAGCUCUCAGUAACUUAGGAGUUCCCGAUGAACACACAAGCAAAGCUGUAGAUAUCAGACAGGAAUUAGACUUAAGGAUAGGUGCAGUUUUUACAAGAUUUCAAACAGUCAAAAUACAAUCGUCAUUUCAAAACAACGUUUCUAACAAAAUAGUUAGUUUUGGUUCAUGUCAGUUCCCAACACUGGGAUUUGUUGUCGAAAGAUGGAGGGCCAUUGAAAAUUUUAUACCGGAAAAAUUUUGGAAGUUACAAGUCAGUCACACUCUCGGUAACGAGAGUACAGAUUUUUUAUGGGACAGAGUUAAGAUAUUUGAUAAAGAUAUAUGUAAUAUAUUCUAUAAUAUGUGCUUAGAAAAUAAAACGGCCACCGUUGUUAAUGUCGAGACAAAACCAAAGACCAAAUGGAGGCCCCUACCGUUAGAUACAGUAGAAUUAGAAAAGCAAGCGUCGAGGCUAUUGAAAAUUAACGCGAAAACAACAAUGAAGAUAGCGGAGAAGUUGUAUACGGCUGGUAUCAUAAGUUACCCGCGCACAGAGACCAACCAGUUCUCAAAUGACAUCAACUUAGUGAAGCUGAUUGAACUUCAUAAGGAUGAUCCUAGUUGGGGGACAUUUACGCAGAAUGUUCUCUCUCAGGGACCCAACCCUAGGAGAGGAAACAAAAGCGACCAAGCCCACCCUCCCAUACAUCCCACAAAAUAUGUGACCAAUCUGGUCAACAUGGAGCGUCGUGUGUACGAGUUCAUAGUAAGGACGUUCCUCGCCUGUUGUUCCAAGGACGCGGUCGGGAAGGAGACCACGGUCAGGCUGACGGUAGCGGACGAAGGCUUCCACGCGUCCGGCCUCAUAGUCACGGAGAGGAACUACCUGGACGUGUACCCCUACGAUAAAUGGACCUCCAAACACAUACACGACUAUCAGGUUGGCGACACUUUCACAGCGACCAAAGUGGAAAUGGUAGAAAGUGAGACCUCCCCGCCCGAACUGCUGACAGAAGCUAAUCUAAUCACUCUCAUGGAAAAACAUGGAAUAGGCACGGACGCGACGCACGCGGACCACAUAGAGACUAUAAAGAUUCGAAACUACGUGGUCAUAGAAGGAAACAAAUUCAAACCGACCGAGCUAGGCAGAGGACUGGUCGAGGGAUACGACAUGUUAAGUCUGCCGAUGUCCAAACCGCAUCUGAGAGCCAACUUCGAGGCAGAUCUCAAACUUAUAUGCGAUAGGAAAAAAUCCGCUGACGCGGUCUUACGUGACCAGAUAGAAGAAUACAAAAAGCUCUACGACAAAAUGCUGUUGGAACAGAACAAGCUGAUUGGUUUAUGGAAACGAAGGUUGCAGAACUACACGUGGAGUGAACCACGGCCAGGUGCUGGUUCCGAGAGCAGUUCAAACGCUGCGCCGCGGAAUACUCCGAGUACAUCGAGCGCGUCUCGUACGGGUAGCGGGCACUCGGUGUUGUGUCACUGCAACAGACCCGCCGCGACACUAACAUGCCAGAAGUCAAACGAAAACAGAGGAAGGAAGUUUUACAAGUGCCAGGAAUGUAACUUUUUCAAGUGGGUAGAAAAUUCUUUGCCUUCAAAUGCACAGAACCCUUACGAAACUCCGCCGAGUUCUGGGGGAACUAACGGCGCCGAUACCAACCGACCGACCACGAGUCGUCAACCUCGUCUUUGUUCCCUGUGUCGUCGUCCAGGACACAACAUAACCAACUGUCCAGCGAGAGGGGUCUGAUAUACUCACAAACAUAACUACAACAUGAACUUUCUAAAAUAUUUGUAUAUAAUUAAAACU